UUAUGUUUGUAAUUGCAUAGAUCACAUUAUAAGGCUUGCUGAUAUUCUCAAACUCAAUGAACCACUGACGUUACUUCAUGGACACAAGAAAGCUGUCUCUUAUGUGCAAUUUCUAAAUGAGAAAGAACUUGUAUCAGCUUCUACAGAUAGUGAGUUAAAGCUUUGGUCUAUUGAUACUGGCAGUUGUCUCAGAACUUUCAAAGGUCACGUCAAUGAUAAGAAUUUUGUUGGUCUCUCAGUAAAUAACGGAUACAUAACUUGUGGUUCUGAAAAUAAUUCUUUUUACGUAUAUCAAAAGUACGUUAGCAAACCCAUUUUAAGCUUCAAAUUUCAGUUAUCUCGAAACAUACUACCUUCUGUGAAUGAGCACAGAUCAGAUAAAGGACCUGAGUUUGUGUCUGCAGUGUGUAGUAGAAAUGUGAGUGAGAGAUUGAGUUUGAAAACAGUACACUAA